GAUCCUCAGGCGUGCGUUGAAGCUAUAGUAAAGUUUUUCGAAUAUAUAUAACAUUUUCACAAUGCAGUACAGACAUUUCACAUGGCGAACAGCACUAAUUGUGGCAAUCUUGCCGCUGAUCUGCUUGGCAAGUGAUUCGGACGAUCGGUGGCACACAUAUCGGGCCUCGCCUAGGCUGACCGGACCCGUUAAGCUCCUGCACGAUCCGCAGGAUGCGACACUGAAUUCCCUGGAUGAGGCACUGCAGAAGAUUUCAACGAUCUACAUGCAUGCCCUGGUCGCUGGCACACACACACCCGAAUUGGAGGCGCCUCUGCGAGCCCUCGAAAUGGAACUCUUCGAUCUGCUCGAUCAGCUGUACAAGCAGCAUCGCCUCAAGGACUACAUGCAGUACGAGGCGGAAGUGACGCGACAAAUGAUUAUCUACAACAUGCUCAAGCGAUUGUUCGGCUAUACCCAGGACAAUAGGGGAACUGAAGGUCGCUGAGCAAUAGAAAGAAGGGUAGAGGGGAAAUGAAAGUGAUUGAAUAAAGCUGCCAGCUAUAAACUGAUUAA